CGCCGGGUGAGCGGCUCAGAUGUCCCGGUAGUCGCGGCUCUGGCGCUCCGCACCCUCCGUCUGCGGCAGCGGGGGCUGGCGGCCCCGGCCCCUGCCCGGCCCCCUCCCCCAACCUCAUGCCUCAGCCCUAACCCCGCCGCCCUCCCCUGCGGGGGGCCUUUCUCAGUGUCCCCCGCCCACUCCGUCCACUUCGGGCGCCAUGAACGACCAGUACCACCGGGCAGCCCGGGAUGGCUACCUGGAGCUCCUCAAGGAGGCCACCCGGAAGGAGCUGAAUGCCCCCGACGAGGAUGGCAUGACCCCAACUCUCUGGGCUGCCUACCACGGCAACCUCGAGUCGCUGCGCCUCAUUGUGAGCCGCGGGGGUGACCCGGACAAGUGUGACAUCUGGGGCAACACACCCCUGCAUCUGGCAGCUUCCAAUGGCCACUUGCACUGCCUGUCCUUCCUGGUGUCCUUCGGGGCCAACAUCUGGUGCCUAGACAACGACUACCACACGCCACUGGACAUGGCUGCCAUGAAGGGCCACAUGGAAUGCGUGCGCUACCUGGACUCCAUCGCGGCCAAGCAGAGCAGCCUCAACCCCAAGCUAGUGGGUAAGCUGAAGGACAAGGCCUUCCGCGAGGCGGAGCGGCGCAUCCGCGAGUGCGCCAAGCUGCAGCGCAAGCACCACGAACGCAUGGAGCGGCGCUACCGGCGCGAGCUGGCCGAGCGCUCCGACACCCUCAGUUUCUCCAGCCUCACGUCCAGCACCCUGAGCCGCCGGCUGCAGCACCUGGCGUUGGGCAGCCACCUGCCGUACUCGCAGGCCACGCUGCACGGCACGGCCAGGGGCAAGACCAAGAUGCAGAAGAAGCUGGAGCGGCGCAAGCAGGGCGGCGAAGGCACUUUCAAAGUCUCCGAGGAUGGGCGCAAGAGCGCCCGCUCGCUCUCGGGCCUGCAGCUGGGCAACGACGUGAUGUUCGUGCGCCAGGGCACCUACGCCAAUACCAAGGAGUGGGGCCGAGCCCCGCUCCGGGACAUGUUCCUCUCGGACGAGGACAGCGUCUCCCGUGCCACGCUGGCAGCCGAGCCUGCCCACUCGGAGGUCAGCACCGACUCAGGCCACGACUCCCUCUUUACCCGCCCCGGCCUGGGCACCAUGGUGUUCCGCAGAAAUUACUUGAGCAGUGGGCUGCACGGACUGGGCCGCGAGGAUGGGGGGCUGGACGGGAUGGGAGCGCCUCGGCGUCGGCUGCAGAGCUCCCCCAGCCUGGACGAUGACAGCCUGGGCAGUGCCAACAGCCUGCAGGACCGCAGCUGUGGGGAGGAGCUGCCCUGGGACGAGCUGGACUUAGGCUUGGACGAGGACCUGGAGCCCGAGACCAGCCCGCUGGAGACCUUUCUGGCCUCUCUGCACAUGGAGGACUUUGCCGCCCUCCUGCGGCAGGAGAAGAUUGACCUGGAGGCUCUGAUGCUGUGCUCUGACCUCGACCUCCGCAGCAUCAGCGUCCCCCUGGGGCCCCGAAAGAAGAUCUUGGGGGCCGUGAGGAGGCGGCGGCAGGCGAUGGAGCGCCCGCCGGCCCUGGAGGACACAGAGCUAUAACAGGGGGUUCCUCUCCCCAGACCAAAAUGAAUUGCAAGUUGCCACAACCUAUGGUGGGGCCUCAAGGUCCUCACAGUCGCCAGCCCCGCAGCCCCCUUCCCCAGGAGCAAGGACCACGUGGGUCGACUCCUUUGAAAGCCUGUCCACACCUUGAAGCAGAGGGUGUAGCCUGGAGGCACCAGAGGGGCAAGAGAAUGUCCCCUCCAGUUCUGAGGGGUUUCAAAGGCCCUGAGCCACCCGCUCUGAGCAGCCCUAAAGGACAUGUAGACUUGGGGGAGGCUUACCCCAGAGGGAGGGCAGGGGCAUUGGAACUGGAUGGAAGUGUGGGAGGUGGAUGCCAGAGUGUGUGCCUGUCCCGGGCGCCGUGGCCUUUCCCACCCCUCCCCUGAUGGUCUUGUUCUUUUGUGCUCACGCCGGGGACUUGCUCACUUCCUGCAUUUUUGUGAAGGGAAGAGUUUGGGCUGCCUCCCCUCUUCCGGUCCACUCCAGAGGGAAAGUUCCUCAGCUAGACUCUUCAGCCAAAUGCCCCAACUUUCAGUCUGCACCCAUUCCAAGCACAGCCAGCAUCCCCUCCUUCACCCAGUGGCCAAGGCCCGGAGCUGGAGAGCCAGGCUGGGGUGGGGUGGGGGUACUGACGCCCUUCCCAGCUCAUCCAGGGAUGGAGCCUGGCCUGUCUUCCUCCAGCCUCACGCUUUUUCGUUGUGCAGCCUGGCCCCGCCAGGGACCCCAGAGGGCCAGGGCACUAGAUGCAAGGUGCUAGACCAACAGGCUGCAGUAUUAUAGCCUCCAGGCCUGGUAGGCAUGCGCUGGGCUAGAGAAAGGUGUCCACCAACCUCCUCAGUCUCCCAGGCCUGGAACAGGCAGAACAGGGUGUGGCUGGGUGUUGGGCCUGGGUUGGGUAAGUCCUGCGAUAUGGACACCGGAGAAAGUGGAUAAUCUAAACUGCAGAUUGUCCCCAGGUCACCAGGGCUGUGUGUGUGCGUGUAUGCAUGUGUGUGCGUGCAUGUGUGUGUAUGUGUGUGGUUUGUGUGCUUGUGUGUGUAUUGUGUG